AGUUGUCCCGAUUAUAUUCUUAUAUGAUUAUUCUACAGUUAUAGGUGUCAUCGCACUAGUCUCUCUCAUCUCAAAUUCGACAAAGUCGGUAAUUUGAGUGAGCCUUCUUUUAGUCCAUCCGCUAAAAAACUACAUAUAUUGUGGUAUAGUGUGCGAGAGGGAGUGAGAGUGAGACUACUCUAUUUUCCGCCAUUAUUUUGUCCGUACAAUACCAUAUUGUCAAAGCUACAAUCUUUGGAUUAUCACAAACAGCAAAGCCUUAACCUAUUUUCCUUAGUUUUGUCCUCUCUUUGCUUGCCCAGAAGCUCCAUUACCAUUGACCAAUCUGCAAGCUUUCGAAAUCUUCAAUCUCCAUCUCCUUCUCUAACUACUCACCUGGAUAUAGGAUAGGAACACUGAAGCAUCAUCAGGACUCCAGCAUUUAUGAUUAUGAUGACUUUGUGAGAUACAUUUGUUGUUAUAUGCAGUUGCAUACCCUUUCCAUAUUUUCCUAGCAUUUGAUUGUGCCUAUUCAUUGUAGUUUCCAUUAGAUCUCGUAGUCUCAGUUAUCUCAAAUUCAACUCUGUUCCAUUUGUGUGGAGACGAGCUUGUGUGUGUGAACAUUUUGGUCAAGUCUUAUCAUCCUCUAAUAAUUAUCAAGUCAUUGAGAUACGAAAAUGCAGUAUAGCUACCUAUGACCUGUAUUUGUGAUUGAGAUUUUGCUGGUUUAGUGCAAAUGGAGUUUCAAAGGCCCACAAAUGAUGGAACUGGUCGUUCCAGUUUAACUCUUCUUAGAAUGGUUAGGGGUCUGCUUUGUUUACUUGUUCUUAUUUUAACAGCAUUCAUGAUGUUAGUGUAUUGUGGCUUUGUGGGUGCUGUUAUGAUCCGAUUUGUAAGCAUAUAUUAUAGCAGAAAAGUAACAUCCUUCUUCUUUGGUGCUUGGCUAGCUUUGUGGCCUUUCCUUUUUGAAAAGAUAAACAAGACUAAAGUCAUCUUUUCUGGAGAAACUCUUCCUGCAAAUGAGCGUGUUUUGCUUAUUGCUAACCAUAGAACAGAAGUUGAUUGGAUGUACUUGUGGGACCUGGCAUUGCGAAAGGGAAGAGUCGGAUACAUAAAGUAUGUUCUGAAAAGCAGUUUGAUGAAGCUACCUUUAUUUGGUUGGUCAUUCCAAAUAUUGGAGUUCAUCCCGGUUGUGAGGAAAUGGGAGGUUGAUGAAUCUAUCAUGCACCAAAUGCUUUCAACUUUUAAGGAUCCCAAGGAUCCUCUCUGGCUUGCUCUUUUCCCAGAAGGCACAGAUUACUCUGAGCAGAAGUGCAUUCGUAGUCAGAAAUAUGCUGCAGAGAAUGGCCUGCCGAUCCUUAAUAAUGUGCUAAUUCCAAAAACAAAGGGUUUCUUUACCUGCUUGGAAGGAUUAAGAGGAUCUAUUGAUGCAGUUUAUGAUAUAGCUAUUGCAUACAAACAUGACUGCCCAACAUUUAUGGACAAUGUCUACGGAGUGGCUCCUGACGAAGUUCAUAUCCAUGUUCGACGCGUCUCUGUUGACAGUAUCCCAACUUCAGAAAACGAGGUGAAUACAUGGUUAAUCAACACAUUCCAUCUCAAGGAUCAGUUGCUAUCUGAUUUUCAUUCUCAAGGUCACUUCCCCAAUGAAGGAACAGAACAGGAUCUCUCUACUGCAAAGUGCCUAAUUAAUUUUGGGGCGGUAGCUGUCUUGACCAGCAUAUGUACGUACUGUACUUUUUACUCCUCAAUCUGGUUUAAACUUUAUGCCUCUUUAGUAUGUGCAUAUCUUACAUGUGCUACCUAUUUCAAUAUUCGACCAGUGCCUAUUGUUCACAUUGUGAAAUAUCUUUUUAAAAGCAAAUCACUUUAGCUCUCUAAUUUCUGUACCUCUCAUGUGAAAGCAAGUUUUUAACACAUCAAAAAGAAAAGAGAGAAGGAAAACUAUGGUCACAGUUUUGUAAAGAAUUUCUGUUGAUGAGGGUAACUUUGUUUUGAGAACGCUUAUACCAAGCUCUUGUUGGAA